GCACACAUACUAUUCCCCUGUUAAGAAUAUUCGACAUGGUAGAAAAACAUACCAGGAACAUAUCAGGAGAUAUCUAAGUUUUCAGCGGAUCAAGGGAUAAAGUAGAGAAAAAAAGAGUGGUGACAAUCGUAAAUUCAACCAAGUCAUUAGAGGAUUAAUGUUGAUUGGCCGAUAGCGAAACCAAGAGGAUUGGGAUUACUAACCCCUCUAAGAUGAAAUCUAAGGUGAGAUAUAUUGCGUCGCAUAAUCGUAACUAUCUACCUGGUAGUUACCUCUCUCUGGUGUCUACCUGACCUUAGAUAUAUAUUCAUAAUGGCCUCUUCGUUUCCGCAGUUUCGCCUCCUCCCCGCCGAGCUUCGCUAUAAGAUAUGGCGUCUCGCUAUAUCGCAUCGCUUCGUCCCAGCGAGGUUGAAGUUAGACCUGGAUGCUUGGAAUGCCGCAACAGAAUCAGAUUGGGUGCAGGUUCACUACCGCAUCAUCUAUGACGAAAGGAUGCCACCUCUCCCAUGUCUAAUCCUGGCUAACCACGAGGCGCGGCAAGAGAUAAUAAAGAGCUAUAAGCCGCUCCAGAUCAGUAGGGAUACCGUAAGACGGUCUCUAGGAACCCAAUCGGUGGAUGAAAUAGCUCUCGAUAUCAUGUGUAGCAGCUCUAGGAUCACGCAGUUCAAUGUGGAGAGCGACGUGCUCGAAUGGGCGGAACCACGACGCUGGAGUACUGGUACUCGAGAACUACCGUAUCCGAUUUUUCUAGCAGCGUGCUUGUCGGUGAGACAUGUCAGAAUAGAGUACGACCUCUCGAUGCAUACGCAGCUGGAGACUCUAGCUUUGGCUGUUCUGGACCAAGACCAACAACUUGAGACGCUAACCAUUGGUCUCAACGUCGAAUUACGCUCUGGGAAAUUGGACUCCCAAUUCCGACUGGCAAGAAGUCCGCCUGGUCUUAGUUUAUUCUUCCUCGACAAAUUCGUAGAGUGGAAGGAGGUUGAUGAUAUCCUAUCGCAAUAUCCGACUUGUCUCCUCUACAGAACGAGCCCGGACGACCCCAUACAAGGCUUGCAUCCUCUGAUCAACAAGACCCUGACAAAAGGAUACUCGCCCGCCCAAAUGCCCCUGGCACCUAGAACACGCCUAGACACGCGAUUUUCCAUCUACGAAGUACUCCGGCCAGGAAAACUAAAAGAUGAAGGAUCCUCACUCUCACUAGACUGGGCCUACCAGCAAGGAUCGAAAGUGUUCAUCUUGGACCGCUUUGAUAACAGACACGUAUGUGCAGAUUAUACCUUUUUGCUAUCGUUGCCAUUUUUGGUUGUGCCUUUUCCCGUCCUGCAACCUAAAAAAGGAUGAGUAGUUAAUUCCAUUUUAAUCUAGUUCUGGUACUACGAAGGUAUACAGGUGGAUAUUCUUCUAUGGCUCCAACGGCUGAGAGAUGUUAACGAUGGUCAUAACUUAAUGAUUCCUUGCCAUGGGUUUUGCGUGCCUGAUUAUGGGCUGCCAUAGCCUUACGAAUUAUAAGGAGGAGAGUUCCUACACGGGUACAUAGGUAAAUGAUAGGUAUCAUUUAAGGUUAGAUACCUGUUAUAUCGUUUUUGAAUGUUGGGAACUUGGAAGUCAUAGGCCGGCUAUUACAAGGUUAACCUACCUAGUUAUAUGUAUCAAUGUUAAGGUUUGUUGCGCAGCUGCGUUAAGUCAAUGCAUG